AAAUCUCAUUCUUCUUUCUCGUGACUCUAUCGCUCUUUCCACAACACUGUCCAUUUUUUGUUCCCGCAGGAACAUUAUCUGCUCUUCCCAACACGACAACUUGCACUCCUUUUGACAAUGUUGCAAGAGAUGUGGAAUGCUCCUCCAGGUUUCAGACCAUCCAAAUCUGCACCUUCUUCCCCUGCGAAACCUCUUGGCGUUUCUAGAACUCGUUCCGAAUCUUUUCACAUCACUCAUAAGGUUCCUAUCGGAGAUUCUCCUUAUGUCAGAGCCAAAAACGUUCAGUUGGUGGAUAAGGAUCCGGAGAGAGCGAUUCCGUUGUUUUGGGCGGCGAUAAAUGCGGGAGAUAGAGUGGAUAGUGCUUUGAAAGAUAUGGCUAUUGUUAUGAAGCAACAGAAUAGGGCUGAAGAGGCCAUUGAAGCUAUUAAAUCUCUUCGAAUUAGAUGCUCGGAUCAAGCACAAGAAUCGCUCGAUAAUAUCCUUUUGGAUCUUUACAAGAGAUGUGGUAGACUUGAUGACCAAAUUGCUCUAUUGAGGCACAAGCUGUAUUUAAUCCAACAAGGGUUGGCUUUCAACGGCAAGCGCACAAAGACUGCCAGAUCUCAAGGGAAGAAGUUUCAAGUUUCAGUGGAACAAGAAGCCACUAGAUUAUUGGGUAACUUGGGAUGGGCACUGAUGCAACAAAACAACUACAUUGAAGCAGAAGAAGCCUAUCGCCGCGCGCUUACGUUAGCUCCCGACAACAACAAGAUGUGCAAUUUAGGCAUAUGUUUGAUGAAACAAGGAAGAAUUUCUGAAGCAAAAGAAACUCUCCAUAGAGUCAAACCUGCAGUUACAGAUGGACCAAGAGGUUCAGAUUCUCAUCUGAAAGCCUAUGAAAGAGCACAACAAAUGCUCAAAGAUCUCGAAUCCGAAAUGAUGAACAAAGGAGGAGUUGAUAGGGUUGAACAAAGUAGGCUCUUUGAAGCUUUCCUUGGUUCUUCAUCAAUUUGGCAACCUCAGCCUUGUAAGGAUCAUAUUCAAACAAGUUUACCACCAAUCAGAACAACAACAACAACAACAACAACAACAAUAGCAGCAGCAGCAACAAUUCAAGAUGAAUUUGGUGAUGAAAACAUCAAUUCCAACAUUGUGAAAAACCACUCAUCAAAGUUUGGUCCUUUGGUGAAUAACAACUCACUCAAUGUUGCAGCUCCACCGUUUUAUGCAGCACCAAAAGCCUCUUUGAAGGAGUCAAAUGAGAAUAUGAGUUUCUCCGAGACACUUAAGAGAACAAGAUCCGGAAAUGCUGCAGGAUCUAUGAGAGUAGUGAAUGAUACAAGCAAGGUGAAUGCUGCAGAAUUAGGUGUGCCUGUGCCUGGUAGCAAAGCUAGAAGGCUUUCAUUUGAGAAGAAUAAGUUGUGUGAUUUGUUACCUGAUGCUAAGGAUUUUGAAGAUGCUAUUCUUUCUAAUAUUUUGGGGCCUUCAAGUGAGUCCAAUGAUUCUACUACUUCUGGGAUUUUGACUAAAAAAACUGACAAGAGGAGGCUUCAAGUUUUUCAAGAUAUUACAUUAUCUUUGAGUCCAAAGGCUUGAGUGAUUCUAUUUUUUGUUUUUUGAAUAACAUUAUAGUGAAAGAUUGGAGAUGAACUUGGUCUCCAUUUUAAACUUCACUCCAUGUAUUACUUCAAUACAGCAGUAGUUAGCUAGCUGUAUUUUGGAGCCUUCCUUCCCUCAAUUAAUUGUUAUGUUGUAGUAAUUUGUUUGCUUUGUAAAAGAGGCACAUUAACUUGAAUAAAUCACAUGAGUUCUUAGAAACUAUCCUGUUAUGUUUAAAAA